AUGGAUAAUUCCCAAUUCCGAAACCUCCUUCAGGGUGACGGCAGCCGCAAGGCGCCUGAGUCGGGCUCUUCGGAUUCCGGCUUCAAGAAGCCUGUCCUCGGCUCCAGAGCACGCGCCUCGAUCCCCAUGACUCCUCGCUCGGUAGUAGGAUACAGUGGUUCCAAGGAUUUUGCAAGACAGGUUGCAGAGCACCGGCGAGAACAGGACGGACAGCCUCCGACGAAAAAGUUCAAAUCGAACGCCGCGCCCAAAGGCACCAGACUCGCUUCAGGGUAUCAUGACCGCACACUCGAGAGACGAGCGGUUGGAGAAGAUGCCGAGCCACAAGACGAUAAAGAGAAGCGAUACAAGGCGCUAGAAGAGAUGUACAAACUACAACAAAUUGACGAAGCUACGUUUGAAGCGUUGAAGAGCCAGAUUGGAAUUGGUGGGAGCCUGAACAGCACACAUUUGGUAAGAGGUCUUGAUUGGAAACUGCUGGAAAAAGUCCGUCGGGGAGAAGACAUCAAUAGCGAACCUUCCCAAGAGCAAGAGGCAACUGCAGAGACUAGCAAAGUUGAUGUGGACGACGAGCUGGACCAGGUGUUAGACCAAGAGGUUCAGGUUAAGAAAUCAAGUCCGACACCAGAGUCAGAAAAUACCGCCGAAGGAGCUGUGGAAGCCCAGCCAAUAUCCAGGGACGAAAUCUUACGUCGGUGGAAGGAAAGUCGGACAGGCAAGCAUGAGAUUGCCCCUGUUGCGCCCAGCCUCGGAGAACGCUUCAAGAAGGUAUCCUCGGAGAAGUCGAGCAACAAGAAAAAGUUUGUCGAGGUGGUGAAUGGACGACGGAGGGAAGUCCUGGUCAUCACCAACAAAGAUGGGACUACGAAGAGAAAGACUCGAUGGCUUGACCCCGAGGACAGCGCAGGAGGGAGCAAACAAACACAGCCCCUAGGAAUGGACGUGCCAGCCGAGUUCCAGGCGAAGCAGCAGGCAUUGAUGGCGGAGGAGACAGAAGCUGAUGAUGGCGACAUCUUUCAGGGGGCUGGGGACUACGAUCCUUUGGCUGGCAUCCAAAGCGACUCGGAGGGCUCCGAUGUUGAAGGACAAGGAGCAGCAGAGAUUUCGCAUACCAGAGAGAAGACGGUUGAAGCCGCCAGCGACAAGCCGCGGAAUUACUUUGGGACAAAUAACGAACCGGCCCCAGCGGAGGAUCGUAGCAACCCGAUCACCAAAGAUCCUACGCUCCUUGCAGCUCUCAAGCGGGCGGCGGCCUUGCGGCGGGGCGACGAGAAGGGAGGCGAUGAUGCGACGGAUUCGGAUCCUGACCGGGAAGCCAAACAACGGCAGUUGCUGGCCCGACUGAAGGAGCGAGACCAAGCCGAUGCGGCGGACUUGGAUCUGGGAUUCGGCGAGAGUCGCUACGGAGACGACGAUGACGAGGAUGGCCCUGUAUGGGAGGAGGGCGACGCGGGUAGCAAGAAGCCUGGACGGAAACGUGGACCCAAGAAGCGCAAGGGUGACAAAGAUAGUGUGCAGGAUGUGAUGGCGGUGCUGGAGGGACGACGGAAGGACAAGUCAUGA